AUGGUGGUGCUCACGGAGGAGUUCCACGGCCUGUCGCUGAAGCGGAAGGGCGCCCUCGAGCCGGACCUCUUCGACGACGCCGGCGACCGGUCAUCCGUGUUCUCGCUCUCCUGCCGCGCCACCAAGAUGCGGCGCCUCGCGCGUCCCGACGGCCCUCGUGACGGGGACAUGGACGGCGCCGUGACGACGGCGUGGGAGGAUGACGUUGCGAUGGGCGACGCGGCGGCAGCGCCGUCUCCUUCGCCUGGCGCCUUUGGCGACGACGACGAGAGGGCGGUGGUGGUGUACGGUGACGGAGACGGCAGCAGCAGGCGGAUCGACGCCCCGCGCCUCCGCGCGGACUGGAUCCGCGCCAUGCUCCGGGAGGCGGACAGCAGGACGGCGCGAGAGCUGCUCGCCGGCGCCGCGCUGGAACGGGGCUCCGAGUCCGACCUCGCCCUGGCCGUCGUGCCGUGGGUGGCGCCGACGCCGGAGGAGGAGGAGGUCGCCACUGAGGAAGCGUCGGAUGGCGAGGACGGCGCGGCUGCGAUGGAUGUCGAGGGGCAGGAAGGCCGCCCCUGGACAUGGACCGGCCAGGGCCAGGCCACUGCAGGCGUACGGCACCGCCGCUGGCGAGGGGUUGGUGUACCGGUGGCCGCAGCACUGCUGGGCGGCGCCGGCGGUGGCGCAGGCGAGCCCGGUGAUGUGGUCGUGAAUCGCACGGGUGGUUUUGACAAUUCAGUGCUCUGGGGCAGUGUUGAUGAUGAUGAUCAUGUUACUACUGGGCUCAACUCAAGUCAAAGCCACCAAUGA